AUGCCUGUGUUCAGCGGUCUGUUGAAGGUGCGAGUGUGUGAGGCGGUGGAUCUGAAGCCCACCCCAUGGGCUCUGCGUCACGCAGUGGGGAAGAGCGGAUCAUUCCUACUGGACCCCUACCUGGCUCUCAAUCUGGACCAGACCCGGCUCGGGCAGACCGCCACCCGGACCAAGACCAACAGCCCGGCGUGGCACCAGGAGUUCUGCACCGAGGUCCGCGAGGGAAGGAGCCUGGAGCUGUCCGUGUUCCACGACGCGCCCAUCGGAUACGACGACUUCGUGGCCAACUGCACCAUCCAGCUAGAAGACCUGCUGCAGAACGGGACCAGACACUAUGAAGACUGGGUAUGUGUUUGAUGUGAUGUGACCCUUCCCAGAGAGCACUGGGGCAGCUCCUCACACUGCAGGUUUGCACGCUGAUUGAUCUGCAACAUGUGCUUGUGCAUGUGAGACAAAAUUUGAUAACAUCCCUGAGGCUCUAAAGCAAACUGGCCCUCUCUCUCUCUCUCUCUCUCUGCCUCUCUCCCUCUCUAGCAGCAACCCGACUGUUUUAUUGUUUGUACAGCAUAUUUGAUGUGGUGCAUACUCGACUUGUGGUUCCUUGAUGGCAUUGGGCAGAAAAUGCACAGUGUACAUUGGAGUUGGCCCAUGUUAUGUUCUCUCCCAGCGUCCCACAGCCACAGUGUACGUUCGUUUUGCUGAGUGUUCAACCAAAACCAAGAUUCCUUUUUUUAAACACGUACGUCCAGAAGAAGCGGGACAUGUUUGAGAGCGUCUCAGCACAAGCCCUGCAUGACCAUGAAGUGCACCUCUGGGCAGCUCAGCACCGUCCUCAUGAGUACAGACUGUUUCUGCUCUGAGUCAAAAGCCCCACUGAUACGCCAUUUGGCUGAUAUUAUCUGCACAUGAGACUAUCACAAAGACAUUAGUAUCACAGUUAUCUAAAAUGCACCACUGCGCCUCGCACUAAUUCUUUUCUAUUGCUGUAGCCUGAUCGAUGCAUCCUUAGAGGGAUAUUCCGGUGUAAAAUUAAUUUAGGGUCAAAUGUUGCCAACCACUUGCUUUUCUAGUUAAACCAACUUUAGUAACGACCACAGGAUAGCAAUACACAGCGGUCUGAGGAGCCAUAAACAAACCUCAACCAAAACGCCACCCUAUAGCCACAGAUAAUGCGCAGAACAGCACCUAACUUCAUCAACAGUACAUAUAGGGUCCCAGCCAUAGUACUAGCCAACAAACAUCUUUUUAACUUUGCCUGAUUUCUUUAGCAAAGAGACUAAACACAACUCAACUACUCUCUUCCAGCAGUCCCUUACAGACUACAGUGGGGUGUCGCAGCUCAAGGAAGAACAUUUAUGAUCAUUAUUUUUUAAUUUCCUUGAAGUAAUAAUCAUCGUAUUGAUCAUUUUGCACCGCAGACGUGGUAGUUCUUCUGCCUUAGCGUCUCGGUCUGAUUGAAUUUCCAUGAAGAAAUUAUCAUAAAUGUUCUUCCUUGAGCUGCGAAACUCCGCAGCAGUCCGUAAUAGACUGGGAUGAGGUCUCGCUACAAACAAGCGGCUGCUGGAAGAGAGUAGGUGAGUUGUGUUUAGUCUCUUUGGCAAAGCUAAAAAGAUGUUUGGUGGCUAGUGCUAUGGCUAGGACCCUAUAUGUACUGUUGACGAAGUUAGGUGCUGUUCUGAGCAUUAUUUGUGGCUAUAGAGUGGUGCUUUGGUUCAAGUUUGUUUAUGGCUCCUCAGACCGCUGUGUAUUGCUAUCUAAGUUGGUAUAACUAGAGAAGCUAGUGGUCGGCAACAUUCAUCUCUUGAGGGCGUGUCUAACUCUGCGUUACUGUGUGUUUGACCCUAAAUUAAUUUUACGGAAUAUCCCUUUAAGCUCAUACAAGACCACCACAGCUAUACCCGCAGGAUAAGUGUUUUCUGAUACGCACCAGUUUUGCUGAAAACAAUGCUCGAGGUGAUUUAUAAAAGGUGCUAUCAUGUAAUUUAUUGAUUAGAGCGUGCCCUGAUUCCAUAAUUCAUAAUCUGCUCAGCUCUCUGCUUCACAUGUAGCAGAGCAUGACAGCUGCUCACAAAUUUUGUUGAUAGCGCACAAUACUGAUAAAGAUUCUCUGCUGAAGUUGUGCGUUUGAAUAGAAGGAGUUUCUUGCUGGUUAUGUAACAGUCUGCGUUCAAUCAUGAAGCUUUGGACUUAGAGAAGUAUGUCAGACCACCAGUGAAAAGAUGGAGUUAUCUCUUUAUGUAUUUUUUAUGCCAUCACCAUUGGGAUGCAGGCGGUGCGAUUGAUGGUAUCGUUUAAGGGCUCUUGUUUUUAUAUUUAUCUGGAUCAAAUGAAGCAGAUUUAAACGUGUAUUUUGGUAUUUUUUUAUUUACAAGUAAACCAACUUGAAGAGGAGGUAAAAAGAGCUAGUGUGAACCCAGCAGCCGGUCAGUUUUCUCAGAAGUGUUCUCAACUUUUACUUUUAGUAAGUAAUUUGGAGUUUUUGAAUUUGAAUUUUGACUUUUCUCUUUACAUUUCAAAUUCAUUUUCUUCAUAGAGCAUACUGAAAGUGAAACUUCUCUAGAUUGUUUUCCUGAUCUCUGUCUAGAAUACUCUUCCAAACAUGCUUACCUCACCUUUAAUCUGAGCUGAUCCUUUCAAGUGACCACCCAAAUUUAAAAAAAAAGUAAAAAUCUGGGAAAAGAAGCCACACAAAGGCACAUAACUGCUGUUGUUUGUGUGUUUUGAUGCUGGUUUUUUAUCUGUUAUCUCUGAUAAAUCAGUAUUGUUUUGUUUUUUUCUGCAAUUUCUCAGUAAUAUGAUUCAGCAGCUUCCCCUUCUCUAUCAGUGACUAUCAGGGAGCUGUUGGGACUUGCAUUAGAUCUGAUUUGGGCAUCUCAGGUCCAGCCUGUAAUCAUCCUUCCUCAAUUCCUCACAUUCCUCCUGCCUCUUUAGACGGGAAGAAUUAUUAAGUGCCCUUGCCUUUUCCCCUCAGUGGAAUUACAUUUAUACAACAAUGUUGAUAACAUGAGCCCGUUUUACACCCUGUAUCGGUGUUUUCAACAGGUUUCCGUCUCGCUGUGAGUCGACUGUAACCAGCAACUGGAGUUCCUCGCAUUUGUUUUGGUGUCUCGUCACUUAAUUUGAUUUGCGUUGGGGUUGUGAUGUGAGACUGUAACAUGAAGAUCUGUAUGUAAGGAGGAGAAAGAGCUGUUUGUUUCAGGUCCGUCUCCAGUUUUGACAUGUGAUGUUUUUCUUCUUCUUCUUCUACUUGGUUUUUGUCUCGUCUUGCUUUAUGUUAAAAGUCUGAUGGAGGUGAUUCCAGCGUAGGAAUUCUGGGAGCUGAAAACAUGUGUUGUUGUUUCACUCCAAUUCUUAAGUAAUUCAUUAGUUAUCAUACCCUUGGAGUCUUUUCACAAUCCCCCCUCUCUGCUUUAGCUUUAACAAUGAUGACUAAACAAUUCGGGAAAUGUUUAGUUUCAUUUUUAUCAAGAAGAAUUUUUGCAGUGUUAGUGUACAGUUAAAAAAAACCUCAUGAAUGUCAGAGUUUAACACCAUGGCCACAGUUUGGUGUAUGUUCAUAUGGUUGAAUCUUAAGUAUGAACCCACAGAAAGCUUGUUUUCUAUUAUGAGGGAAAGACUUCUUUAAACUUUCUUUGUUUAGUAUGGACUUGUUGAUACAGUGUAAAUGAUUUUUUUUGAUUAGUGGCAGUUUUGUGUCAUUACACUUUGCCAGAUGUUAAUCUUUAAUAAAUAUGAGCGUUACUUUUGUCUCUAAAAUACAUUUAAAAAAAGUAGUUUUGUCUUAUAUUCAAAUUCUAGCACUUAGAUAACAAAAACUCUAGCUUAGACUAUGAUGACUAACCAAUUUGGGUAAUGUUUAUUAGGGGUGUCCCGAUACAACUUUUGUACUUCUGAAACUAUACCGAUAUUGUAGCCUUCAGUAUUGACGAUAUUGAUCUGAUAUUGGUACAAACUUAUCUGGAGAGUAAGCGCACCCUCUCUUGGCUGAAAUCGUCAAUCCCGUUAGUCACAACUACUGAGGCAAGGGGUUGAAAAAUGGAAAGACACAAUGAUUGUCCUGAACUAAAGUGGAAAAAGUUAGCUAGAGAUGAAGACAGUUUUGAUUCCGAUUGAAUUAAAAUGGGUCUUGAUGCAACAGAGUUAUUGAACAACUGUUAAGCAGCAAAUUGAUGUCGUGUCACAUGCACAGUGUAAUGUUUACAGAUGACAAACACAUCAAUACUAUAUUAAAUAAAUGAUCAGUUAGGGCUGAGCGAUAAACAAAAAAUUUACUGGUACUGAAAUUAAGAAAAUAACCAGCGUCAUUUUGCCCAUAUUGGUAUAUUUGGUGUCAAAAAAAAUAAAUGAAUUAAAGUUGGUUUUGGAUGUGUGUAGGUAGGCUAUGGUCUCAUGUCCCUUUUAAGACGUUUUCCUAUGUCAGAGACGUGACUCCACCCCAUCCAGUCCAUAACAAAGAGGGAAAGACAAGUGAGGAGAUGGAGGACGGUUCAAAAGUUGUAGCAGCUAAAGUAGACGAAGUUAAUGGGGGGGGGGGGGGGGGUGAGCAGCUUGUGGAGUAGUCAUCAUCCAUUUAUCGUUAUCGAAGUGAACUGCUCAAUAUAUCGUGAUAUUGAUUAAUCGCCAAGCCCUAUAAUCAGCCAUCUUACAUCCUGGCCAAGACAAUAUAUCACUGCUGUUAUACUGCAGUGAAAACAAAACAUUGUGGAUCUAGAAUAACAAAAGCUUUUUGCUUUUCAGCCUAUUAAUUUUUUACAUUUCCAUGUUGAGAGUCAGCAGAGCUCUCGUGUCGCAGUCAGCACAGUCUCUGAUCAGAUUUUCUGUUGAUAAAGUGCAAGCAAUGGCAAACUUUUCAGGGUUUAUGUUUCAGCCAGUGGUCAGAAAUAUGUUUUUCAAACACACUGUGCACGUCCUACUUCUGCAGCGCUGUACUGCAACAUGAAAUCACACUAUACUGUUAAAGUACAGUUGUCCAAAUAGUUGAAGUGCAUGCUCUUUUGUACCGUCCAGUUUGUUACCUGCAUUCAUUAGUUUUGACAGAAUGCCAGCGGUCAUGGCAGACCCAUUUCCCAUCAAUCCUGGAGUCCCUUCUUUGGUACAUGAUUUGAAUUUGGAAAAAGUACUGCACUGUGCACAGCCAUAAAUGUCGUAUCAUUAGCGAUAUGGAGCACAUAACCGACAAGUCUUCAUUAUCACAGUCUCGUUUGUCCUCGGAUUAUUCCCACCUCUAAUGAUUUGUAGCUAACAGACCAAAGCGUGCCAAACCUUUCUAUACAUUUGUUUGGAGGGCUUUAAUUAUUGAUGUCGUUUUAUCAGCAUACAUUGAAACUAGAUAGACAGACACACACUCUCUCUCUCUCUUUCACACACACACACCUCGUCCCUCAGCCGUCCACAGUAAGGUCAGAGCAUAUAGAUCACUCAGUUGAUUGACCACAUCCCAUUGAUCAGCCAGCCGGCUCGUCAAUAAAUCUGCCUCACAGCGACACGGUCCCUCCCUCCUGCCCCGUCGUCCUUCUCCCUUCAUUCAUCCAUUACUCAACACUCCUGCCUCCCCCUUUUCCUCCCAUUUCCAACUCUUCCUUACACUGUACUCCCUCCCUACUUCAUUCAUUUACCCAUCAUCCCCCUCUUCCUGCCUCAAUCGUGCUCCUCUUCAUCUGCUUUCAUUCACUCCUCAGUGAUGAAGGCAGGAUGUGAAACAGAAGAGGUCAUGAUGAAGAUGGUAGGUUGUCUAAAUCAAACCAGUUUAUAUGUGAUUUUCAUCUGUUUGUAUCGCAUACAUGAGGUUCAGUGUACAACCUACUGUGAAGGAAGGUGCAUUAUUUAAGUAUUGCAUCAGUGCGUCUAAAAAGAAAGCUAGCAUAGAAGCUUUUUAACAUCUUUCUUCCCUUGUUGGGUCAUGAUCUUACAUUUUAUGAGAAAAUGUGGUUUACUUUGGGUGACCAUACGUCCUCUUUUACCCGAUCAUGUCUUCUUUUGGAGGGCUUGUCUGGCCUAUCAGGCCUUGUCUGGGGGAGUUUAUAAAAUCCUUUAAAUGUCCGGGGUUUUGUAUGGAAGUUUUGAGUUUGUGUUGCGUGGAAUAACUGAGGAAGAAGUGCGUAAAAAACACUUGAUCCGACCCAAAAAACUCUCAAAAUUAACUAUGCGCAACGUAGUGACUCCGCCCCGCGUAUAGUGUCCUCUUUUGGGGGAUUCAGAAUAUGGUCACCCUAGUUUACCAUAAACCUUGGCGACUUGGGUGAGGCUUUGUACCAAGACAGUAGUCAAAGUUCGCAUUGGCUCAACCGCUGCACCGAUAGCUCACAGGAUUGCAGUCUUAACAAGCUAAAACAGAUGUUCUGGGCAAAAGCUACACAGUUGCACAGAAACUGCACGUUGUGAACCUUGCGAAGUGGAACAAAAUGGACUUCAAUUCUGGAUCUUACAGUAACUGUGUAAUACAUAGAGCUAAGUAACUCAAUGCUAUUUACUUAUUAAUGGUACCUAAUAUAUGUAUUUUACCAUGUAGCUUAUGGAGUAUCGCACAAAAUCAAAGCGGUCCCAUCAUAAUUUCCACAAAGCUAAAGAUCUCAUCCUGAAAGCACUUUUGAUUUUCCAUCCAGCGCUCUGAAACAACAACAGCUUCAUUUCCUCAACUGUAAAACUCAUUAAAAGAUGUUUCUGUGAUUCAGCUUGAUAACUGAUGAAGAGGACUGGUCAGCUGUUAUAUUUGGAAAGAGAUACUCAUUGUCCCAGGGAGAUGAACCAAUAUCAGCAUACUAAAAUCUUUACUAAGGCGAUGAACACGACCUCUUUUAAAGAUCAGCAUGUUGGCCUCGGUGUCGUGACUUUAUGAGCAUUUAGCUCAAGAAGACAUUCUUCAGAUUGGACUGUUAAUUAAAAUGUAUAAUACGAGAAUAGAAACUCCCAGUGCGAUGCCCAGCGUAUCAAGCGCUGCACUUACUCCAUUUUGAAGGACACAGAGGUUGGCGCACAGCUUUAUCUUCCUCACUUCCUCCUCCCUUCUGCCGCCUCACUCAUCUCGUCUCAUCUCAUAAUCCCUCUCUCUCAUCUGAGCGCUGUUAUUCCCAUCCCCUCUGCUUCCUGUUCCCUUUGGUCUUCCACCACCUCCCCAUGAUCCGUCUCCCGUGGACCCAGGCGCCGUGGGCCAGGUUGCUGCUCUGUGCCGCUGGUGAAAUAUUAACCAGGCUUUGAUGCUUAUUAAUUGUCCCACUCAGUAAUUGAGAUGCUCUGUGGAGCCCCAUCCCCAUGGUGACAAUGACAGCCCGUCCCCUUGGUGACAGCCUCUCACCCACAGAAACACCAGCGAGAGAAAGAGGGGUAGGUGAGAGUUAGGGGAGCGAUGGAGGAGUAGAUCAGGGCUUAGUUGAUACGAAGUUUGGAAAAUUAAAUAAAGGCGCUUAAAGGAAGAGAUACUUUAGUCAAAUUUAGAGCUGAAUGAUAAUAAAGCAUUUCACCAAAAUGGUUCAAACAGCGAUUAUUAAUCUGACUCUACCCAUGCAUCAUGUACUUGGGGACUGGACUUAUGUUAUAGUUCCUGUUUGUAGCCCAUGUGGUUUUUAGAAAUCUACAUGAGUGUGUUGUGAAACCCAUCAGUGUCAAGAUUUAGUAACUUUGUGGUGUGUGUCAGACAUGAGCUGACACAAUGUUGAUCUAGUCUGACUUCAAAACAUCUGAGAAGUUUUUUGCUCUACGUUUGAGGAAGUUUGCAUUUUUAUAUGUAUAAACCUGCAGCUUGAUGAAUUUUGGUGCACUCAUCAGAGUAGGAUGAAUGGAUGCUUCUCUUUCAAGGAUAUGAGGUGUUGAAAUAGUGAAAAAUCCACUUAAAUUUCCUCUGAUCUUGGCGCCUAACUUAAUGACACUGUUUAGGUUUUUAAUGUUGUCUUAUUUUGUUGCUCCCCAUGUUUAAGUUGCGGUGUGCGACCACCAGCGAACAUUUUCAAACAAUGAAACGGGGCUUCUGUCUGUACCUUAACUGGAUCAUCUCUAUGCUGCGAACCAAAUUCUGUUUGACGAAAACCUCGCCUCCUCCACCAUCUGCUGCAGAGUAAUGAGUUUUUACUGGAGGGAACAGGACCACAUAAAAGACACGCUUCACAUCAACCUAAAACAAGCAUCCCUCUUCACGCAGCGAUUGAGCUUUAUUGUGAAAGGCCCCAAAACUUUAUUACUGUAUGUAGUGUUUGAACUGAAACACUGUUGAGCUCAUAAGUCAUUUCUUAUAGAUAAGAAACGACUUAAAUUAGACAUUAGAUCAGGACAACACAUUUGGACAAUGUCUGAAAAUGAGUUGGUGUUAGCUAGUCGAGAUUAGGGCCCGACAGAUAUGGAUUUUUUGGGGGACAAUCGGCCAAUUUUAAAAAAAAUUUUAUGAAGUUUUAAAAUUUUUUAGUCGAGAUAGAAAGUUUUACUGGACUCUUUUAUUUAUUUAUUUUGUUUUAUUUUGGGAUGUUGAUCUUUUAUUUAUGAACCAGAUUUUGUAUUUGAUCAAAGAUAAAGUCAGUCUAUAGAUAUUUAUACUUGAGCUAGAUUUCACUGGUUGCCACUUAACAUCAGCUUUAUGUAUUGAAGUUGAAGAAUUUUUUUGACAGAAAUUAGCAAAAAAAAUUCGAUAGUUAACUCUAGUCUCACCAAACAGACUUUAAUUUGCAACAAAAUUUAGAUAUACUUUGUUUGUUUAUAUUUUGACACUUAAUUUUGAAUCCAGCUGCUGCCUGUCCAAAUCUUUAGUGUUAUAAAGUGUAAUGCAAGUUAUUUAAAUUACUGCAGUUAUUCUACAUAUUUGAUGCUUUUAUUAUCAUUUACAAAUUAAAAAAAUCUGUUGGUUUUAUCCACUUUAGAUUCCAAAACAAGACUCAAAAUAAAUCUCAGGGAAUGUUAAAGGUUAAAAAGUUAAUAUGCGCAGAGAGGGAAGAGGAUAACGACGCUCUAAAGGAAGAGACGGUGAUGAAGUGGGGAGGACAGCAGAUGAAGUGUAGACGUGAGCUCUGUGUACAUGUAAACAUAUCAGGCCAGAGGGCGAGAACUGUGAGGCUGCAGACAUGAUGACCACACAGUGUGACGAUUCCUAGCAGGGACACGGACCACGUCAGAUGUCAGCCAUGCACCGUUUGACACUUGACAUGCACACAAAAACACACUGGCUCAAACAGCAGCUGUCAGGAUUCUGAAGGGUAUAAAAUAUACAAGAUAUUUAUGAAAAUAUUCAAAGAUUUUUUAUUCCAUAAAAUCAAAACAGGACUAAACUGAGUGACACAACCUUGUUUUUAAAACCUUUUUCAAGGUUUUUAGUUACCAUUAAACAAAUCAAGCCCACAUUUUCUUGUUGAGGUUAAAACAUGCACAAUGACCAAAAUUAAACCAAAUCAAACAUGACUUUUGACGUAGUGAAUAUUAUAUAUUUGUAGUGAAAACACGGUUGAACUAAGGUUGAAUAUGUCUACACUUUAAAGAGCUUGCAGGCACAGACGCCGCCGGUGUUUAUGUUUUCAAGCUUUCAUUCAAGUGCAACUGUGUGUGCUUUUAGUUUAAUAUGAAUCUGAUGAGAUUUGAAUUAUAGUAAAAUUAUGAUCAUAUAUUAUAUACUGUAUUUUAACAUAAUAAAGCAGCUGUUGUAACCAUGACAACUAGCUGUUAAGCAUUUAAAAACCAGAUUUCAAGAUUUGUUCUUUUAUUUUAUUUUUUUAUUUUAUUUAUUUAUAAAACACACAAUAGUGCUGAAGGAAUACAGUAAAAUAAGGAUACAAAAAAAAAAAGAAAAAAAAUAUUAUAGACAAAUAAAAGUAUAGGAGAAAUAUUUACAAAGUGCGAGAAAUGUUUACAAGUGAAGAAGUGAGAUAAGACAGUGGGAUGAAUGAGGCAUGAAAAUUGCUGUAUUGCACAUGAUUAAUAAUGGUAUACGAAUGCUGUAUUGCACAUGGUAUUGUAUAUAGAUUUUGAAGCUGUUAAAAGUUUUAUUCAGUUUGUAAAGUUUACUAACUUUUCUAAGUAUGGAGAGCAAGUUGCUGCUUCUGUUGCCAAAAAUAAACAUGCAUGUUUUUGUUGCAGUCUGUCUAGUAGGUGUAUUGGGAGGCGAGCCGCUUUAAGUUAACACCAGGACAUCAGGAGGCCUCUUAUUUCUCUGCAGAAAUAUGUAGUAUUUACUGACAUUCAUCUUUAUUUUGAGACUGAUGUAUAUAUCACUACUUUGAAAUUUCUGCUGAGGAAAAUGUCAUUGAAACGCUGUUUCAGUAAGUUACAGUAAAUCAACCUGACAUCUUGUCAUUUUAGACAUUACAAACAAGUAUCUAGAAAUAUCUGCUGUAGGUUUUGUAGGUCUAAAAUAGGCAUCACCUCCGAUCUUAGCCUUUUUUUUAUAACCGUCUAAAAAAAACCUGUCACAUGAGCUUUAAAUUGCACCAGAUACGAGAUAAGAAACACUAAACAACAACCUGAAUAUAGCCCCUUAUAAAUAAUGUAUGUAAGCAGAUAUUAACAAGUAAAAUGGCCAAAAUGAAUAUAAUGUAGUCAAAAAUAAGCUUCCUUAACUUCCAUUGCUCUGUGCAGACGUGUUGUCUCAGACUGUAAGGAGGUCUCAGCUGUUAAGUCAAGAGCCCGCUUCAUUCUCCUUCACUGCAGACUCUUAUUCCCUCCCCAUACCAAGUUUAAUGACUCCACAGGCUCCACCCCUCGUUGACCGGCUGCUUAAGUAGGACAGACUAGAUUUAAGAUCUCACCCUGAUAAUACUCACUCACACACACACUUGCAUAUGCAGACACAAAGCGCACAGGCGUAAACGCGGGGCUCGACCCAUUGAUGCUGAAUCAGGUCACCCUUUGGUUUGUGAGAGUGAGCUGGAGGGGGUUUAAUGUAUGGUCUUUAAAAUGAGAGGAUAUUUGAGACUUCUGGGAUAGCAGGUGAAACGUGCACUCAGUUUCCUCUCAUCUUUUUGUUCUGCUCAACAAAGAAAGACAUCUGUACAAAUUUAAGGGAUCUGGUACUUUUUAUUUUGGCCAUUGUGGUAUUUUUGAUCUUAUUAGACAAUUAAAGAGAGCAGGUUUAAAAUCAGGGAAUCACAAUUUGAUUAUAACUGAGAAAAUUGGAUUUACCUUCAAGAGGUUUAGUUGUUACUGGAAACUAUUGAUGCUCUCGUUUAUAAUGGAACAUUUUAUCCACAGGGCUUGGCUUUUAACCUUCCUAUUUUUGUUGGUAUCAAUCAACAUGUUCAUGUCGGCACACAGAAAAAUCAAAAUCUAAAUUUGAGUCCUUUCACAGACUUGGUCUUCCAAGAAAGAAAAAGGCGUCCUCUCAUAUUUCCAGUCUGCUUUUCCCCCACUCACUCAGUGGUGAAUCUUUCUCUUGAUAAACUAAUCCAACUAAUUGCAUCAUGGGGCUGUGAGACGAGUAUUUAGCAGCUAACCUGGGGGUUAACAAGUGUAAUUGACUGCAAGUAAAUGAACAGUAGCUGGAAACCCUAAGUGGGACAUUCAAGCACCACAUUACACUGUAAAAAAUAUAUUAGUGGGAAUAUUUCGAUACCACAUACACCCUGGUCAGUUUGAUGUAAAGCUACAUCCUCCAUGUUAGCUUAGUUUCAAUUUAAUGAACUGGGUAAUGAGGAAAACAAAGAUGAAAAUCUCUGAAUGUUAUCAGUUAAAUUUAAAACACUAGAAAAGAUGAAUUUAGUGAAAGAUAAAGUGAUGUAAGACACAGGGCUGGGACGGUGUGCUUUUCUCCCGAUUCGAUUCUUCUUUGAUUUUUUAGAUGCCGAUUCAAUUUAAAUUGCGAUACAACGAUAUUGUCGAUUUUCUCAAUUUUUAGUCUACAUUUUUAACACCAGUGAAACAGUUGAAUUAUUAUGAUUGUCUACUGAUUAUUCCAAGAACCAUAUUUCCCCCCCAAAACACAUUACAUGUAGUCAGUCGGCAUCGAUAACAAAUGUAUUUACAAUCAGUUUAAAGCUCCAAUGAGUAACGUUUGUGUUUGUGUUUAUCAUGGCGCUCCCUGUAGACAAAGCAGUCACUCUCACUGAUUUUGUCCUCUACAUGUGAGGUAGUAUUUUACAAUGAAACUGCGUCUUUUGAUGGUCAAAUCUGCUCUCUGCUUACUGUCCGGUUUGGCAUGUUCACACUAUUAAAUUAAAGUAAUUUUCUUCAUGGAAAUGCAAUCAGAUCGAGAUGCUAAGGCAGAAGAAAUACUGCGUCUGCAGUGCAAAAUGAUUAAUAUGAUAAUUGUAACUUCAAGGAAGUGAUAAAGUAAUGAUCAUAAAUGUUCUUCCUUGAGCUGCGAAACCCCGCUGUAGUCUGUAAUGGACUGGUCAGUGGUCUUGCUACAAACAAGCGGCUGCUGGAAGAGAGUCGGUGAGUUGUGUUCAGUCUCUUUACUAAAGAAAUCAGGCAAAGUUAAAAAGAUGUUUGGUGGCUAGUGCUAUGGCUGGGACCCUAUAUGUACUGUUGAUGAAGUUAGUUCUGUUCUGAGCAUUAUCUGUGGCUAUAGAGUGGCGUUUUGGUUGAGGUUUGUUUAUGGCUCCUCAGACCGCUGUGUAUUGCUAUCGUGCGGUCAUUCCUUAAGUUGGUAUAUCUAGAGACGCAAACGGUCAGCAACAUUCAUCUCUCAAGGGGAUGUCUGUCUCGGUGUUAUGGUGUGUUUGAUCCUAAAUUAAUUUUACCCCGGAAUAUCCCUUUAAGACUUUUUCAUGACCGGUCAAAAUCUCCCCACUGGAGCUUUAACUGUCUUGUAAUGCUAAUUCUCUUUAACCAUUUAGUAGGUGAAAAAUGCUCAUCUCUAGUCCUUUGAAUGAACGGUUUAUUUUAUUUCACUUUCACCUAAAGUUGAAUCAAAAAACUACUAUCUGGACAGGGUUUCCUUCUUCAGCUCCAGCCUCUAUGAAGUGGGUUUUCAUUUAGUCCGAUCCAACAGCUAUGACCGUCCGGUCUUCAGAGGCUGCUCAUCAGGCCGUCUGCCAGUCCAUCUGGAUAUCACACGCACUCGUCUAAAAUAUUGGUGCGCUUGAAGAUGACUGAACGGAGAGGAUGGUUUUAAUCGGGGAUGUCCAUUCUUCUAAAUCAGAUUUCCCUCCUCUCUAUUUGAUGCUUCUGGACUUGUGGACCUGUCCCUCCUGUUGAACAGGGUGGGGAAUGGAUGGUCUUUGUUCAGUCUCCCAGUCCUCUCUUUUCAUCUCCCCCACCACCCGGCUCAGCUCCUCUUACAUUAUUAGCCGUCUGUGAUGUUACAUUAAAGAUGCAUGACUCUCAUGCUGUCUCACUCAGCAUGGGCCUCCUGUGUGCAUGUGUGAGUGUGUUCAGGCCGACACGCUUGAGCUGCUGACUGUUAGAAAGAAGGACAAACACACACAAAUACACACACGUACACACACACACACACAGGCAUGGCAUUGUGUGAAUGCGGUCGAGCUCUCUUGAAGCCGAAAUUUGUUAUUUGACAGAUGGAUGUGGGAGGCUGUCACUGAGACUAAACGCUCCUGAGAGAGACACACAGAGCUGUCUGGUUGGACGGGGAUGGCGAGCUAGAUGGACGGCGAGUGGGAGGGGGUUAGCUCCACAGUAUUGAUAUAAUGCAAGCUUUGAGUGCCCUGUCUGCUUGGUUGAGUGCCUCUCUGUGGUGCUGCAUAUGGUGUGUGUAUGGGUUUUUGUAUUCGAUGAGCAGUGUGUGUAUACAGACGCCGUUUAUAUGAGCGCAGGAGAGUUAAGCUGGUACGUGUGUUUAAUGCUAACCCCUCUCUGAAGUCCUCUUUGAAAUCCCCAGACAGUUACAGAACUUACACACACCCUGACACUUGGCUUCCUGUUUGUGUGUGCGGUGGAGAAAGAGAGAGAGGGAGAGAGAAAGACGGGUUUUGUGAAGUUAUCUGUCUCCCUGGCUGUAUUGGUGUCCUAAUUGGACUAACAAGAUUAAUGAGGCGAACUAGAUUCCCCGGCUCUCUCUUUCUCCUCCCAUCUUUUGUUGUCAUGGCAGGGAGCCUCAGUGUGCCGGUACAUAACAGGUUAAAUCAGAGUCACAUGACUGCCUUUUAAACAGAAGAGUGUGAAUAAAAUGGAUUAAACUUUAUAUCAAAGCGAAUGUGAUUAUCCCAGCUGAGAAGGACGAAAGGACAGGGAAAUAAAUCUAUUCCACUGACUCAAAAUCUGAUGGUUUAAGUCAGUGCUUCACAGUUCACAGCGGGACCAACGUAGAAGAAAGGAAUGUACUUUUUUAAUCAAGAGAUCAAUUUUAUUUAAUGAUUUUUUAUCUUUUAAAGAUUCCUUUUAGCUGGUAGCAGCUCAGUAUCCUCUACUCCUCAAAGUUUGUUGUCCUUUCUCAGGUAGCAUCCCGUAAAAAGGGAGUCUCCGCUGAGUGUUAGAAAGUCUUAAAAUGUCUAAAAAUCUCUUAAAAUCUUAUAAAUUGUCUUAGAUAUAAUUUUGAAAGGUCUUAGAAAUGUAUAAACUUUACUUACAAAAAAUUAACUUGCCAUAAAGAUAAAGAUUGAGUUGAAGUAAUGUAAAAUAUUCCAAUUUCCCCUCAUGUCUUUUGUACUUUUUUGCCCGUAUGAAUGUAAAAUUGGUCUUAAAUGGCAUUUUUUACUGUCUUAAAAAAGUCUUAAACAGUCUUAAAUUUGACUUGUUGAAACCUGCAGAGACCCUGAAAAAAGAGAGUGGAAAAAUGUUGACUUUUUUAUGCUGCUGUAUCUGAUUAUCUUAAUGGGAAUUUAACAUUUAUUUUCAAAUUAUUUAUUGAUUUGAACUUGAGUCAUCUUUGCAACUUUAAGCUCUUGUAUGAAACAGACUAAAAUUCAUGUUGACGUCCGUUUAUGAGGUAUGAAAGCAAACAAGACCAUCAGAAACAAAAUGUACAAUAUUCAUAUCAAGUUUUUUAACCCAAAAACCAGUCUGAGAGGCAAGGCAUCAGUCGAGCAGCGAAAGAAACAACAAAGUUUUUACAUUUUUCAUGUUAAGCCUCACAAGAAAUGGCUGUCAUAAAGACUUUUUGUCAAGAUACUCCUCAAACCUUUCUACUCGAUUAUAUUAACAUUAAAAUUUAAAAUGUUCAAACCCUUAACAUUAGCCUAAUUUUAGUGUAACAGGUUCAGAAAACAGCUGCAGCGACUUUUUAGGUUCAUUUUCCUUGUAAUUCAUCCAGUCCUGUUAGAUGUCCACUUGCUUUUUGUGGGUUUUCUUCAAUUUGACUGAUGUCUCUUUCAUUCAGCUCCUUGUAACAGUCCUUGCUCAUCUGAUCAUCCAUUAACCACAAAUCCAAAACUUUAUCUUUUCCAAAUGAUCUGAAAAAUUCAGAGUAAUUUUGAGUUAUUGUUUUUGUUGAUUUGCUGGUUUUCUUGCCACAUUACCAACAAAAUAAGUUGUAACCACAAACUUAAUGAACAGACUAGAUUCCUGUCUGUGGAUUUGAUUUAUUUUAAGUGUGUGCGGUGUGGGAGUAUUACAGUCUCCAAGAUCAGCGACACACACUUUGUAAGACAUGUUCCACUUUAAAAUUUAAAAGGGACUUUUAAGGAGGGACCAGCAACUGUAUGAACACAUCAAAUCUUUUCACUGGUUUGGAAACAGACACGAAAAAUUACAAAGACGUAAUGCUACAGACGUCAGUUUUCAUCUUUAUUUACAGACAGGUCUCUGUAUCUUGGAAAGUUUUCAAAAAUCAGUGCCAUUCUUAACUGAUAAUUGCUUAAAUAAUAAUGAAAUUCAGCGUCAAUAACAUUACGAUUUCAUAUAUUGUUUGGAUUUGAAAGAGAAAAUAUUUUAAUCAUUGUAGAAAAAACUAACCCACGUUUGCCAUUUGUCAUUUGGCAUACUGUAUGUGUGUUUUUAUUUGUCUAACCCUGAGUUACCUGCCCAAGGGUGGGUCAGGGUUUGACAUAACAUGUUUAAUGACAGUUCAAAUAGAAGCAGGUGUGCUUAGAGUCACAGACAGACCGAGUGUAAGUACACAGCAGGCAUGUUGACAUGUCAGACGAGGAUAACAUCAGGCAAUAAGACACACAAUGGCUCUCUUUAACUUCUUUCACGUACCAUGAAGUAAGAUUGGAGUAAAACAGUGAGAAACCGGUAUUACUGCAAUCAGCGAGUUAUUAUUCUGCACCUCUGUUUCCAUUGAAGACAUUUGAUUACAAACGCAGGUGCGAGCUCCCCUGUAGGUGCAUCAAUCUAGGAAAUUUUUACCUUUCCUUCAAAGUAAACCCCAAGUUCACAAAACACCAUCUUGACAACAUGGUUUUUAAGUUUGUUACAAUAUCCUCCAAAAAGUUGUGGAAGAAAAUAGCAACGAAGGUGAGCUUUUUAUGUCUUUAGUCAGUCUUUAGACCCAGGACCCACAAAACCAACUAAACCAUCUACAGUCUUCAGGUUCAGAGUCAGAGAUCUGACAGAAAACAGAUAUCGAGCUCUUCUUGGAUCUUCCCAGUUCUCAAACUUUAAGUAUAACAGAAGAAUUUGAUCAUUUAUUGGAUCUUAAAUUUCCAAUCAAGUGUUGAGUUGAAUUCCAGCCUCAGCUUCUUUGGGCUUUACUAAAAGAAAUACGCCUCUGUUCCUGUUACAGUGUUUUACAGUCUUGCGCCACAAAAAAGCAGCAGUGCAACCAUAGUAAAUGUCUGUUGCUAGGAUACGUGGUUACACUGUAUUAGGGUGGUAACCAUGGUGAUAUCUGCAUGGGUAAAAUCAGUGUCAGAAAUUAAGAUUAUCCAUAUGUUCAGAGUGAGUCAGGAUCUUUUUCAUUAUAAAUCAUCUCUGAGUGGACGUUCACUCUCACUCCAAUUACUGAACACUGAACUGAGCACCUCUGACUUUGAUGACUUUUUUUUGCAGCGUUUUCCUUUUUAUACACCAAACAGCUGAAGAGAGGCAAAAAUACACGGAGCAGAGGGUUAAAGGGUCAACGCCAGCAGUUGAACCGUGACCGCUGCACUGAGGAGUGUAGCCUCACCAUGAGCCAACCGGAGUCAUGACUGUUUUUAUGUUUUAGCACUUUUAUGUUCAAGUUUUUAAUAUAGUUUUACUCACAAUAUUUUUUAUUAGUUUUAUACAGAUUAUACAAAGGAAACACAUUACAAACACCCCCUUUCCCUCAAAACCCUGUCUACUGCUGGAUAUUCCUAUUACAAUGCGUAGAUAACAUGUUCUGGAGCUAAAAGCAAAAAAAAAAGAGCUGGAAUUUGGGUUUUGUAGAUCUUAAAAUAUACAUAAAAUAAGAUAAAUAUAUAAGAUGUUGAGAAAUAAAAAGUAAAAAGAGAAUAAAUUAAAUGAAUCACUGUACGUUAAGAGAAAUACAAAUGUAGACAAGUUGCUGAAAACUGAAAAAGUCCAUAAAAGAAAUGAGAAUUUAAAUUGUAUGAUUAUUAAACAUCACAAAUAUAUAUUUCAAAAAGGAAAACAACUAGAAGAGGAGAGUGCUAAGUCAAAAUUUUCUGUCAUUACCUGCAACCGAUUAAAGUUUUUAAUAACGUUUUUUUAAUAUAGUUUUAAAUAAUUUGGCUUUAUCACCUUAAUCAGAGGCAUCCUGAUCAUUCAUUCUUACUCAUUAUAAAUAUUUAAAAGGCGCUGUGUGUUAUGGUUUCAGUUAAACAAUGAUGUGAACAUAAAGUAAAAGAUUUUUCAUUCUGCUUAAAAAAAUCAGGCUUCCUUAAUCUAGAUAAGUUUUAUCUUGAAGUUUUAAAGUAGUUAAUUAAUAUCUCAGAGCAUGAACCUUCAUAACCAUAUUUAAACUGCUAUUACACACAAAAGUACGGAAGAGGAUUAUUAUUAUUCUGAGAUUAAAGUAAGAUUUCUGAUUUUAAUCUCAGAAUUAUAAUUCUCAGAAAAAAAUAAAAGAAUAUAUAUAUGAUUUUUUUUUUUCGUGGCCCUAAUCCACCUCCGUACAAAAGAUCUCACACAAACAUAUGAAAUGAUCUGAUAGCUAAACAUCCACAGGUUGAAAAGGCAAGUGAUUUCCAACGUUUUGACUUUAUGCAUGACUGUAAAAUGCUCCAGUUCAUCUUCACAUCCCACAUCUGUGUAGUAGUAACUAUUAUUGAUUUGAAUAGGAAAAUCUAGCUGGAAGGCACCUCAGAGCCAAAGUGUCGAGUAGCUGUAAUGUGAGAACAGUGCUGUUACAUAUUUGGCCGUCAUGCCACCUCAGGAGCCGAGCAUAAAAUCAAUACCGGUGCUCUCCGUGCGCUCCGCUCUGUUUCUGCUGAAAUCCUCGAUGAGAUACGCUGUUAUGCAAGAGGUUGCAUUUAGGGAUCAGCACAUCAUUUUCAAGGGGAGACAUCAAGGAUCCAACGGCGUUUAUAGGUCACAAAUCCCACGCUGCUGUUGUGUGUUGUACAUGCAACAAAAGGAUGAUACAGCACACAUGGUAGUGUGUACUAGGCCUGCAUGAUUUGAGGACAGUAUGCAGUGUGCAGUUACACUGCUCAUUGAGGAUUCAUUGUAAUAUAAAAUACAAUAGACAAAUGUUAAAGGGUGCAUAAAUCACAGUCCUUUGUCUAUCUGCUGUUUUUGCAACAUGUCUUACUUUGGCCUUUAAAUUCAGACAUUUAUCCAACAUGUAAAAUGUACACAGAGCUCAUUUUUUCACAUAAAAUAUCUUAUUUUCAUUUUAUAAUUGAGUGAAAAAAAGACGUAUUGCAGAUUAAUUAAUCUGUGGUAAAUCUGUGUUUUAUGUUUGUCUCAUAUUUACAGGCUUUUUAUCCCCUGAUAAUCAGACCUGAGUGAGGACGAUAGCCAAUACCAACACUGAUAAUUAGUAAUUGGUGAGACUGAUUUAUUAAUGUAACGGAUAUCUGUAAAAUAAAAGGUCGAUAUAGAUAAUCAGAAGAGGAGCUGGUGUCCGACAAAAUCGACUAGGAGUUUCUCAGCCGAGCCGUGAAAGCCCCUCUUGUUCACAUGCUGACUCACAAGCUUGUAAACUCUAUUUUUACUAGUGUUGUCCAACUUUUAACAGAUUUGCUUAUCUGCCCGAGUGCUGAUGAGGCGUUUGACCUUCUUGCCGCUCCAAGUCAACCCACAACCCAUCUUGAUAGUAGGUUAACUGGCUAAAUUUAAUCGGUGCUUUCUAACUAUGCAAAGUGUGAGCGGUACACAUGAUGGCAUUUGUCUAAACUAAAGCUUUUGCCCGCUGUGCAAUAACGCACUUUUGACACAAACAAACCUGAGAGGAACAACAGGAAUAAAGCAAAUGAGCAUCAGGUGUAAAGGCUUUUUUUGGGAGUGAUUUUCUAAUUGAUCACUAGAUUUAAAAAAUAUUCAGAAAAUGCAUGAAGUUGUACAAUACUAUUUUUGAUUUAGGCCUCAAAAAAUCUGAAGAAGUGCUCUCCAGCUUCUUCAUCUUGGAUUUAGAGCAUCAGAUUGAUGCUAACGAUAAGUUUCGUUCACCACACCCUGUCAGCAGCGCCGUCUAACUGUCCCCGUGUUUUCUAAUUGUUUGUGCGCCAUCUUUGUAUCUCAUGUUCAGCAAUGCAUGGGCAUGUAGUGCAUAUGUGUGUAUAUGUGUGUGUGUGUGUGAUGCUGCCUGUGUGUCUGUGUGCGAGUCUGACUGUUGCAUAAGAGGAUCUGCUGCUGUCCCAGAGCUUAACUAAGGAUUUAAACUCUCUCUCUCUCUCUCUCUCUCUCUCUCUCUCUCUCUCUCUCUCUGUCGUCUGCCUCUCUCUGGCGCUCUCUGUUGCACUCUCUCUAAUCUCUGUUACCGCACGUAUAUUGAAGCGGGUGAUGUCAUUAUUUGUCGAAUUAGUCGUCUGGAGAUUGUAUGUUCGCUCAUGUUGUGAUGACUCAUCUCUUUUUUGUACAACAUGCCCUCCAAAGUUCACUAUAAAUCUGCUCGUGUUUUAAUGACUCCUGCUGACUCAAAUUGAACUUGUUAUGACUUCUGGUGACUUAGAAAGAUCUCUUUUAAUUAUUGCUAAAUGUGAUAAAUAAGUUAGUGAGGCUCUGGGAGAGUGCAGGUGCCUCUGAAGCAGUUAUUCAUGGUAUGCAAAUCUGCAAGUGCACUGAGCAUGAAAUGAGCAUCACAACAAAAUAAAGCAUAUUUAUUAUUAUUAUAAAUGCACUUUUGAUACACUUUUACACCCUGAAGUUUUGCAUACUGAUGCAACCAAUAUACCGGUAAAAAUGCAAAAAGGGGUGUUUUAUUGUGUUAGGGUACUUUUCCCAGAAGGCAUCACUCCAUGAAACUCAACUCAACUCAACUUUGUUUGUAAAGCACUUUAAAACAACCACAGCUGAACAGUGCUGUGCAUAAAUAGACAAAACAACGCAGACAUUAAAAAAAAACAAUCAAAAAACAAUUAAAAGAAUGGAUUAAAAAAAGCUGUAAAAUAUAGUUUCAAUGUUUUUAAAAACUAAUUUAAAAACAUAGAAACAAAUAACUAAAAACAAACCAUAAAACACUAAAACAGGAGCCGAGUCUCAUGCAGGGUUGAAAGCCAAUGAACAAAAGUGGGUUUUAAGACGAGUUUUAAAAAUGGACAGUGUGGGGGCUUGUUUGAUUUAGAGGGUUAGCUCGUUCCAUAACUUUGGGGCCGCAACAGAAAAAGAUCUAUCCCCUCUGAGCUCUGAGUUUGGAAACAAAUGACCACUUUGUUGAUCCCACUUUUUAAACCACUUUUGUCCCUUAUUGUGUCAUAAUCACACAUUUAAAAAAACAAGUGAUACACUUUUAGGAAACAAAUCUCAAUCAAUCAAUCAGAUUUUAUUUAUAUAGCGCCAAGUUAGGGAUGUACCGAUCUGAUUUUUGAUAUCGGUAUCGGUCCUGAUAUUGAAGAAAAUUCAAGAUCAGGUAUCGUGACAAUGGGCCCUAUGCAAAGGAGCUGAUCUAUUCAGUCUAACUCUAUGCUAUACCUGUGAGUGGCAUCCAGGGAUAAACACACUGAGUGGGUGCCCACGUUGUUUUCAAAAUGGAGCGAGCAAAGGGGACUGCUAUCUUGAACUUCAUCACAAUACCUCAGCCUUCAAGCUCGACGGCCACUUGCACAGUAAACGUUCCGAUGAGCGGUGGUAAAACUUCAGGUUACAACAAAAGGUAAUUCAGCGCAGCUUUUCUGUAUCGGAAUUAGAUCGGUAUCAUCCGAUACUAAACUAUAGAUAUCUUCAUCGGUAUCGGAGGUGAAAAAAGCGGAACAGUGCAUCCCUACGCCAAAUCACAACAGUUGUUAUCCCAAGACGCUUUGCAGAAGUCAUUGUUUGAUGUAUUACAAAGACCCAAUCUUAAGAUGGGAAAGAUUUGACCCAUCCCAUCCAACAUGAGUGACGGUGGCGAGGAAAAACUUCCCUCUAACAGGCAGAAAACUUAAGCAGAACCAGACUCAUGUUUGACAGCUACCUGCCGCUAAGAAUCUUACAGAGAGUUGGUCUGAUUGAAAAGAUUGUUCAGUUUAAAGCCCUGUUUAUACCUCUGUGUAGAAUCCAGACCAGAGCAAGCAGGUGAUGGUCUGCGCCACCAUGAGCACUACGUACUUGUGCGUUUGCAAAACUGCAGAGAUUUCUUUGCUGGUCAUCUCGCCAGUUUUUGGUUCUACAACUUCCCCUCCUUAGGACUGAAUCUGAGCGUUUUAUCUUGGAGUUUGAGGUGAAAGAUGUCGAGCAGCAGUCGACCAUACUGCAAUUAGAAUUUCAGUCUAUUUCACAAAUGUCAGAAAACUCAGAUCUUAUAUAAAAGUCUCUUCAAUGAGUUUUGUCCAACUCUUCAUCAGUUUUUGUCAAGUUUCAAGAAAAAUCUGUUUUCUGUUCGUUUGAAGAAAUGUCAUGAUUUAGUGACGGUGCGCUGCAUUUAUUCUCUAAGUUUAAAAGCGGUACCAUGUUCAGAAUAAAUACUAAAAAUGUAUAUCAGGUUUCCUUUAGUUGCUUCCGAUGUUGCAGCGGCUCAUCCUCACCUCACCUCCAGUUAUCCUCCAGCAACUCCGUCUUUUUGUUUUGUUUUUGGCAUCUCUUUACACCACCUGUGAGUAAAGCAAAAAAUAUCAAUUCCUCGCCCGUUGUAGAGUCUGCUGACACAGAGAGGAGUGGGCUCGCUGCUGAUCUAAAAAUAAGAGCUCGGGAUGAAUCUCCAACAGCUAUACUUUGUCCAACAUGCAGUGCUGCAGAUUUGUUGGCUGCAAACUCUUCACAGCUCAGGAACAUUUUGUCAGGGACGCUGCUUUUACACGCCAGUACGAUAUUUUAUACUUGGUUAUUUUAAUGUAGUGUGCAAACUGAAACCCUUUUUCUGCUGCUGUGAGAAGUUGUAGGAAGUUAAUUUUUCAUUCGUUAAUCUCUGUAUGUAAAUUAAUCUUCUCUCCCACACAAACUGUGUAGUCAAGGUUAUCUCCCCUGAGAGCAGGAAAGGACUCAGGGGAAAAUUGGGCCAGCUGGUCGAUUCACCUGUUGGAUGAUUGCGACAUAGUCCAGAUAAAGAGAUGAGCACAAUAUUGUCCUCUUCUUCAUUUGUUUUAUCUAUUUUAUCCCACAGAAGCCGUCAUCUUCUGGAGGUUUUAUUCGUUUCGUCUUGAGCUGCCUUCAGCCCUGAUAUUUUUACAUUUUGAUGCCUCUAUUUUUAUCAUUCGUCUGCCGCAUGUUCCAACAAGAUUUCUUUCUUGUUAAAGCAAGAUCUGCAAAAACCCAGAUGACUUAAGCAAAAUAAGUGGAGUCAGUUCAGCAGCAUCAUCCCACCCCCCUGAGGGACAUGUCAUAUUUAUCAAGAAGCAGCUCCUCCACCUGCCUAAUCGGCACAAUGAGAUCAGAUCAGAGAGGCAGAUGUAAAGCCGUGAGAAGACAAAAUAAACCGCUGAUAUAAGAGAAAACAGAUUUACAGUAGCGUAGAUCUGGUGUGAUGGGGUCUACAGUCGCUGUUUUAAAGAUAGGAAUUAAAUGCUGAUCCGGACAGUGGUUGUUAAUGCUGAUAAUGGUGGAGCUGGUAGGGAGGAGUGUUUUAGUAAUGAAGAUAAUGACCUCUUAUUUGUGCAGUGGUGCAUUUGUUUGUGCUGGAGAAAAGCUCUCCCCCCCCCGUUCAGCUGCGCUCUCCCUCACUUAUUCACGCUCUUGUUUUUUGUCUCUUUGCAGAUCGACUUGGAGCCAGAGGGGAAGGUGUACGUGGUCAUCGAUCUGUCCGGAUCAUCCACUGAAGGUAAAACUACCACAAUGCACGGGUUUACUGAUAAGGAGGGAAACGACACAUUAGAAUUUAAGAAAUCCUGUUUGCUUAAAAGACUCGUUUGGAGCUAGCUGUGCCCUGAAUGUAUGAAUCAGAGCCAUAGACUGUAUAUACUGUGGACAACUUGGUUCUGCUCUACGCCAGUAUACGCAUUUGAAGCUGAAAAGCUCUCGGUAUUUCCGUGAUUUUUCUUCAUUGACGCAAACCAACAUUGGGCAGUAGCGUUGUACGCAUUCGGUGGGAGAAUUGCCAAGAGUGGCUGUGAUGAUGCUCAACUCAAACAGUGUAUCCCCCGGGUGAGCUACGCAAUCUUCGUACGCCAAUAGGCUGUAUCAGGUGUCAAUCAUAGAAAACAUGAACCCCCCAUUAACUUUUAAAAACUGAGCAGCACAGAAAAAAGAGGACUUGAGGGCAAAACAGUCUUACAAUAACUACAUGUCAACAUCACAAACAGGGGGGAGAAAAAAUUAUAUUCUGUGUAAUAAGUUUCUAAAGUUUGUCCACAGCUCCAUAGAGAUUACUGGAGGAGGCGGGAUUUAUGACCUAUACUGCAGCCCGUCACCAGAGGGUGCUGUUCUCAGAGUGGCUUCACCUAUCGAGGAGGCAGACGGCGUCCUAUCGAUAUACAGUCUCUGAUCAGGGCUCAUUUACAUAGACACGCACAGAGGCGGCGUUUGCUCUGCAGUUUGCAUUUUACCCUUUUCAUGCACCUCAUUUAUCAGACUUUUUUGCCUCAUAUCCACAGAUUUGGUGCAAGAGCCGCUCAAUCCUGUUGUAAAUCUGUCCCUGGGUGUCAGUUUACAUACGAGACGCAAUCAGAUAUAUGGCUUAAAGGAGUGAACGCCUCAGAGGCCGACAAGUCGCGGUAGAGCCAAUCACAGCGCAGGAGAGAGGAAUAAUGUACACGGGGAAGAUUAGAGUAAACAAAGCUUCGGCUCUUCCUGUUUUCCUAGAAAGUCAGCACAAGCUCUCUCUUUCAUUUUUUCUCUUUUUUUUCUUUCUUUAUUUGUUUGAAUAUCUCUUUCAAUUAGCACCACCUUUAUCUCCCUCUCUCACAAACACACACACACACACACACACACUCACACACACACACACACGCUCACAUGCCGUCUGAUAAGAGUGAUUUCCACCUGCACCUGUGUUUCUUCACACCUGCUUAUAAAUAGAGCAGGCUGUCUGCCUUCUAGUGCAAGUGGAAAUGACUAAAGUGUGUGUGCGUGUGUGUGUGUGCGUGUGUGUGUGUGUGAGAGUGUGUGUGAGGGUGGAAGUAGAGGUAGAGCUCAGCAGCGGUAUAUCACAGAGUGUAUUUCCUCCAUGCAAAGACGGUUAAAGAGAGCGGUAGAGAUUGAAGAGAGAGGGAGGGAUUCUUAAAAUAGUAGGUGAGAUUGAGCCGCGGAUUACACACGCACACACGCACACACACACAUAUAUGCAGACUCAGGUGUCCGUGACCUGCCCUCCUCAUCGAUGAUUGGACACUCUCUUGUGACUUCACGACCCACUCUCCGCCCACUCCUGAACUUCCUCCCCGGGUUCAGCUGGCUCGAGUGUUCGUUGCAUUAAUAUAUGCUGAUAAAAACAAAUGGUGUGUGUGUGAGAGUGUGUGUGUGUGUUUGUGUGUGUGUGCUGAUAGGAGGGAUGGAGAGAUGGAGGGUGAGAACUAGAGGAAGAGGUGGUAUUUUUAGCAGAUUUAUUUUUUUUCCCCUGGUGCAAUCUGUUCUUUGCAGCUUCGGAGGCUGAGAGGACUCGUACUUUUCCUGUUUUCUCUCCUCUUUUCUUCUCCUCAUCCUCACGCAUCUGUUGGUCUCAGGAGAAGAACGACAAUAAUCUGACCUAAUCUGACCAUCUGCAGACUCACCCUGCGUGUUUCUCCUUUAUUAUUUUUUCUCUUCCUUUUAAAUAUUUACAUUUCACAUUCCUCACAGACAAAGCUGAUGAUGGUUGAGCUCUGUAGAUGAGUGGGAUAAUAACACUUUUUUUUUUUUUUUGCAAGACCAUGAGAGUUAAAAAUCUUAGUGCAAGCAAUCAAAGGAAACAACUUAUGGUUUAAAGCAGAUUUAUGCAUAUAACAAUGAAGUCCGUGAACUUUUGUCCCUUUAUCUCACUCCUCUCCUCACUUUACAUGCAAAGAAAGUGCAGCUGAGAGAAUUGAGGAUAAAUGUUUGAAAUCUUAUUCUCUUGCAGGAAUAUUAUGACAUUUUGUCUUCCUUGCAUCCAUAUUUGUAAAACAUUAUUUUGAAGUUCUUGAAUUUAUUUGUAAAGGGAGCAUACGCAACAGUAGGGGUGGGAGAAAAAAUAGAUUUUGUCUGGUGAUUUAUCAUAUUGUCACAUUUACCAGUCAAAUCUAUAAUAAUGGAAAAAUAAAAUCAGAUGUUUGUCCAGUGAGGUUGGCAGAGGAUACAUUAUAGAGCAAGAGAAAGUUAGUGCAACAAAUAUAGCAGCACCUGAGGAGAGACAUUAGGAAUGCAAACAUGGCGCAAAUUUGAUGGACCUGACACUUAAGAUUUGCAAGGUGUGUUACAUGAAAAUAAAAUACUGUGUAAAUAAAACAAACAAAAAGGAAAGACAAACGCUAAAUUAGCUAAACAAUUGAAAAAAUUAUAUAAAUCCCAAUAUAUUGUAUCACAAUACUCACUGUGGAAGAUUCAAGAAGAAGAUUCAAGAACUUUAUUGCCAUUUUGACAGAGUCAGUAGGAAUUUGUCUUGGUUCCCUUCUCCACAACAUCCAUCAGACAAACAUAUCAUCACAUCAAAAACACAAACAAAAAGUAACCAACAGCAAGGAAGUGCAAACAGUUGUUACAAAGUGCUUUUUGCAUAUUGCACAUGUACAGUACGUACAUUCAAUACUGUCCUAGCGACUCAUGAGCUCGUUCAGAUGUUUGGUAGCUAGAGGGUAAGUGCUAUCACUAAAGCGAGAGGUAGAGCUCCCGAUGCUUCUAUAUCUCCUACCUGAUGGGAGGAGAUUGAAGAGGUAGUGUGCAGGAUAAGAAUUAUCCGCUAUGAUUUUUUUGUAGUGCAAAAUGUUAAAAAAAUGCAUGUAUCGUAUCGUCGCCCAAGUAUUGUAAUAAUAUCAUAUUGUGGGGCCACUAGUGAUUUCCACCCCUACUAUGUACUUUAUGUUUUGCACUUUAUUCACCACAAACUUUUCUUACUGUCCAGUAAUAUGUAGCACUUACACAGUCAAAUAAAAUGGUAUUUGUUGUUCGAAAUGAGGUUUAGACUCAGUUUGUCCUCAGAUCAGUAUCCUCGUUUACAGAAACUUGUGUUUUUGAUUGAUUAACAAUGUUAAAUAUCAUGAUAUAUUAUUACUAUAUCGUGAUAUGUCUUGUAUUAUGAGGUCAUUGCAAAUAUACAGCAGUAUUGUAAUGUAUCAAAUCCUAUCGUAUCAUGACACGUAUUGCAUUGAGUUCCUUGCCAAAACCCACCCCUACGCAAUAGUAAACGUGCAUGUGAUUAUUUGAUGCAUUGUACCAGACUGGACUGAAAGCUCAUUUACAUUUGCAGUGCUUUAAAACGUCACAUAGUCUUAAAACACAAUGAUUUCAAAGUAGAACAUUACAAACAUCCAUAAUAUACAUGUGCGUACACUGAAGCACAAAAAAGCCAACUCUUUCCCUUUGCUUCACCAGCUUCCUCCACCAGCAGCCCAGACUUGAUAAUAGAUGUGAAUCAUGGUCGUUGAGAGCCAACACGUCAAGUUGGGCCCACGACACUUUGAAAUCUCAACGGUCAGCUCCAGCAUCCCAGAACCAUCCCCCUCUAUGCUAGCUCUCACCUCCCCCAUCAUCAUACCCACACAUUAACAGGGAAGAGAGACGAAUCAGUGAGUGGAGUCUGUGUGGGGGUGUUGGAAAGAGGUUCAAGAAGCCUGUCUGGGCUGGAGCUCAUCCACCUCAUCGAGUUAGACUGUACACUCUACCUCCCCUUACUCCUCCUUUUAUCAGGAGAAAAAAAGAGAGAGAGGAGGAGGAGCAGAUUAAUCUUCGAGAAAGAGAUGUAAGAAAAAGGGAAGGCAGAGCCAGGGCUGUAAGCCUGUCUGGGUUUGAGCUCAGCCCUGCUGGGUGAGGCUGCCCUCUCUACCUCCCCCUACUCCUCUGUUUUCAUGAGAAAAGAGAAAAAACAGAAAGUGUUGAUAAGGAGGUGUAAGAAAGAGCAGGGUGAGAAACCCGCUUGAGCUCACCCUCGCUGGCUAGGGCUGCAGAUAGAUCUAAAUCUUCAACAAGUAUGUUUUCCUUUUUUAAAUCCUUUUUUUUCAUGUUUUUACAGUACAAAAACACUGAUUUAAUUUGUUUGUCAUAUUCAAAUUAGAACUAUGACAACUUCAGAUAGAUUAUGAGUAACAGUACUGAAUGAAAACAGCCCCAAAAAGAAAAAAUGGUUCGAAAGCACAAAGUACUGACGAAGGAGAAACGCUUUGGUUGUUUUUGGAUGUACAGUAACUUAAAACGUGUCACCUCUGCUAGCUGUCAACAUUCAACUUUUUCUAAAAUGAUGGUUAAGGUCAAUAUCUGUAUAUUCAGAUAGUCCUAAUCGAAAUUAGCACUCAGCAUACCUUAAGAGUAGGGCUGGGUGAUAAUCCAAAAAUUUUCAGAUACCUAAAUUUAACACAAUAACCGAUGUCAUUUUGCCCAUGUCAAUGUAUCCGGUGUCAAAAAAAUAAAUAAAAGUUGGUUUUGGAUGUGUGUAGGUAGGCUAUGGUCUCAUGUCCCUUUAAGACGCUGUUCUACACCAGAGACGUGACUCCGCCCCAUCCAGUCGGUAACAAAGAGGGAAAGACAGGUGAGCAGAUGGAGGACGGUUCAAAAGUUGUAGCAGCUGGAGUGGCGGCUGAAGUAGACAAAGUUUAUGUGGGAGGGGGUGAGCAGCUUGUGGAGUAGUUAUCGUCUAUUUAUUGUUAUUGAGGUGAACUGCUAAAUAAAUCAUGAUAUUGAUUUGAGGCCAUAUCGCCCAGCCCUAAUUCAGACAACCCUAAUCUAAAUAAGCACUCAGCAUACCUAGGAGGGAAAUCCUGCUUUCCUCAGUUAUUGACAGAGAUUUAAAUUCAAGACAGACUCAUAACAAGAAAAACAGAAGUGCAGAUAAGAGGAUUUACACCACUAUGUAAAGCCACAGUGCCGAACUGAGCCCCACUUCAAACAAUUGGACAGGUGCUACUCAGAGGCAUGUUACGGGCUAAAAUUGGCAGCGUUAACAUUUCGAAUGGCAAGAGCACACAGGCAGAAUAGUCUUGGCUGGAAGUCAUUCAACAUGACACGGUAAUUGCUGAGGAGCUGGCACCCACGGACAUUUUUAGCGUACAGCUGACUGUUGUGUUUCAAGAUUGUUGUUACUUUAACUUUUGAAUAGUGUUUAAAGGGUUGAGACUGUAAAGAGUGUUUAUAACAGAAUAAAAAGACAUUGAAUACAAUGAAUGAAUAUGAUUCAGGUCUAGUUUUGACUGUGCAAAUGUUCCUCAUCUAAAUAUAAUGUUGCCUCUUUUGUUAUUUUAAGAGUUAUGUCUCCAUCCGGUGUGAUGUGGGUGCUGCUUCAUCUUCUGCCCAAACUUGUUUUAAAUACAGCUCUCCUUGAGUCAUUUUAGAUGCAGUCAAAGCCAUGGUUGUAGUUUUAUUCAUCUUUAUGUCAGAUUUGUUGAUACACCAUCUGCACUUCAGCUCUGUCCUCGCUGUCUGCCGCUAUCCGACACGUUUGUGUCCAAUCUGAAUCUUCUGUCCGUCCGUAUGCGAGCGUUUGUUGGAUGAUCGUCUCCCAGUAUGUCCUUCAGCAGAAACCGGGGAACGUCUGCCUCGAGGAUGGCGAGGGUGGUCCUGAACUGCUGUUACGCCUCAUCACUGUCCUUAUCAGCGCGCCUGUGUGUGUGAUGUAUGUGUGUGUAUGCGUCCUGGACAGAUGGAUGAUGUAUUAUGUAAAACAAAGUGAUCCCAAUAAUGGCCCGUUAAGCUGUCUCUCCCUUCUCUCACCGACACCAACACAGACACGGAAAGACCCACUUUCACUCCCAUAUACCUUCACACACACACACACGCACGUACACACACGCAUUCCCUAGACAGCCUGUCUGUAAUCGAACUCUAGAGAGGCUCAACAGUAACCACAUGUACAAGGCACCCCAGAGAGAGAGAGAGAGAGAUGGAGGGAGAGUGAAAGAGAAGCAAACUAGGACAGGAGCGCAGAGAGGAGUGUGUAUGUUGUGCGUGUGGGCGGGCGAGUGGAGGUGGUUCUCUUGUCUUAAGGUUACCCUCGGAAAGCGUUUGUGUUUCCGGGGAGAUGCGGGAGAGGAAAGGGAACGGCUGCUUGCUUGGAUGUUGCUGGCUGAGGAGGAGGAGUAUUUUAAUAUGCUGUCCUUCGUUUAAGUGCCCACACACACAAGUAUAAAUAGCGUGCACAUGUACGUAUGCGCAGGCCUCUGGUAGGUGUGGGGCGUUCGCAAGGAAGAGGAAGGGAGGGGGGGAAAGGAAGAUGAGAGGCCAUUGAAUGAUUAAACGUCUCAAGAAACGCGAUGCAGAUGAUCCUUAUUUGUACAAACCGUCUUACGGAGGGUAAAAGCGUGCGUAAGGAACAUUUUAAAGCCUUCAAGUGUGAAGAUUCAAAAGUGACUCAGAAACACAAAAAUGGCUCCUUUCCCACACUCCUUGUUUUUGAGAUCGAGUUACUUAAUGCACAUUCAUCUUCUGUGCAUUUUUACAUUGACUACAAGUGAUGAAAAUGAGAAUAAAGAGAAAGUAAAAGAGGAGAAAAGAAAAGAAGACAAACAACAAAUUCACACGAACAUAGCUCCAUAAAGAAUAAGAAAAUCAAGUUAUAUGGCAUCUCUCUGCACUCAGGUUAUAGUCAUGUUUUUAAACUGGCAGAAUCUAAAAAUGGAUAAAGUUUUUCUUUGCUGGAAUAAAUAUAAAACUCAGGAGUCAUUUGAAUAAAAAAUGACCUGACAGAAAUUGUCCAGAGUUUUUGUCUUUGUCAGUUUAUUUCCCUCAUAUGCCAAAGAUUACAUCAUUACAGGUCACAAAGCUGAUUCAUCAUGAAAAACUCAAACUGGCGUCUUUUUAGUAACACUUGGGUGCAAUAAUGAACCAUUUGUUGUCUUGGAAAGACUACCAAAAACACGCUGUACAAGUGUUAGUCUACUACUCUUCAGUCUAAUUACUCCAUCAAAUAAAAAUCUGUUAAAAGAUUUUUGGCCAAACACCCCAGUGAUUCUGUCAAUCUGCCUAAAUUAAGAACAAUUUAUUCAACACAGCUACACAGGACGACAGAGUCUGCAGGUAAAUGACAUCAAAUUAGUUUAAAGAGUGUGGCUAACACUAGCAGAGCUAGCACCCCCAACUCAAGUCAACUAAACUCUGUUUUGUUUUACUUUGCUUUACUUGACUUUGCCUAACUUUACAUUACUUUACUUUACUUUGCCUAACUUUACAUUAUUUUACUUUGCCUAACUUUGCAUUACGUUAUUUUACUUUGCCUAACUUCACAUUAUUUUACUUUGUCUAACUUUACAUUACUUUACUUUACUUUGCCUAACUUAACAUGAAUUUACUUUGCCUAACUUUACUUAACUUUGCCUAACUUUACAUGAAUUUACUUUGGCUAACUUUAAUUUCCCUAACUUUACUUUACUUCACUUUGCCUAACUUUACAUUACUUUACUUCACUUUGCUUAACUUUACAUUACUUUACUUUACUAUACCUAACUUUACUGUACUUAACUUUGCCUAACUUUACUUUAAUUUGCUUUGCCUAACUUUACUUAACUUUAAUUGGCUUUGCCUUACUUUGCUUAACUUUAAUUCACUUUACUUAAUUUCACUUUGCUUCGCUCGACUUUACUUUGCAUUACUGAACAUCAAUUUGCUUUUCUUUACACACAGAUCUCUUUCAGGCACAUAAAUGGGAUGCAAAAAUACAAACCACUUUUAAAAAACGAAUUGAGAAGUCUGAAUGAAAUGAAUCUAAAAAAAAUCCCAAACCUGGUCUGAACACACAUUUAUAAACAAUAUUCCGUUGUACUGUCUGGUGUCUAGUGUUGUUUGUUUUGCAGUUUCUGUCAUCAGUUUUAACUCAUAAUAGACUCAUGAGAGUCUGCUCCAGUGAUCACCUUCUGUUUUUUAUUGUGUUGAUUAACUUGUCUCUUUUUUAACUUUGCAGCUUCAGGGACCAAUGACAAUGAGGAGCGAGUAUUUCGGGAGAGGAUCGGCCCUCGCAGGCGACAGGGCGCCGUCAGAAGACGUGUCCACCAAGUCAAUGGACACAAAUUCAUGGCUACCUACCUGAGACAGCCCACCUACUGCUCACACUGCAGAGACUUUAUCUGGUAGGAAAAACACACACAAAUCAACUGACCUGCUUUGCAGUUUCAUUACACCAAACCUGUUUGAAAUGCUGACUCCUCCGCCUGUCUGUCUGUCCUUGUGUUUGUGUGCGUCUGUGAUCUGAUAGGGGCGUGCUGGGGAAGCAGGGAUACCAGUGUCAGGGUGAGUACUUUUCUCUGUCAGCUUCCAAUUUCUCAAGUAACUCUGCACACCAUGUUUUAUUAAAGCACGAGAACUGGGGAGGGAUUACAUGCUGCUGAAUGACAGCUGUGAUUUGGUCCCAAGCCACCAUCAGCCAGAGCCAAAGAUAAACUACAGUACUCCAACACCCACAAGAAUAGAGCUGCAUCCAACAAAAACAAGUGAUAUUAAAUAACACAGUCAGAGUUGGAAUCACAAAUUGAGCAAACAUUCUCCGGAUAUUUGUUUAUGAUGUGGGUUUAUAUCGUUUCUUUGUCUUGUAUGCAUCAAAUAAUAAUGGAAGAGGAAAGUUUCAGUUUAUUUCAGCAAACUAAGAAAAUGUCUACCAAGGUGGAGGCUUUUAAAAAGUCUGUUUUGACUGAAUUUGUGUGUACAGCAUAAAGUAAAGUUAAGUAUUGACUUGGCGGUUGUUAUUUGAAUGUGUUGCACAUGUGUCAAGAUGGUUACACCCAGCAUAGAGGUAAAUACACGUAUCAUGCUCAAUGGUUUUUAAUUUGACAUAAACACAAAAAAGCUGUUUUCAAUCGGCAAACAAUACACAUGCCCACACAAUAGGCGGAUUACACAUUAUCGCCACCUGUUGGCCUGGCAUGCUUAUGAGGGAAGUUUCAAUGUCAUCAGGAUGGGAAAAAAUUGCUUCUUUUUGAUUUUAAAUACUUAAAAAAACCUGUUGAAUUAGCUUUUGUGCAUCAAGACUUUUUGACUUUUUCAGGAACCUCUAUCUCAACAAAAAAAAAUAAAAAAAUUAAAUUGAAUCAAUUAUAAAAUGCUCUUAUUAAAAUUAUGGCGCUUGUGGUGUCCACCCAUUCAUUCGCAUCUGCUGGAUGUAUCAUAAAAAAGCUUUGUUCUGGCAUAUGUUGGAUUCAGGAAGAUCUUGAAAACAGUAUUUCUAAGAGGGCUGCCAUUUGGUGUUUGAUAAAUGAAUACAAAACUGAAAGACUGAAAAUAUUCAUUCAGUGGUUAAUUUUCUGACCGAGCGUCUUCCUGAGAGAGCGCAAACACCCUCCUCUCCCUCUGUUUUCUGAGAUCCUCCUGCUGCCCAGCCCUGCCUCAUAUAGACUCACACUUAUACUGAGUAAUUCUGCAGAAUUUGAUGUACAUCCAGAGCCAACGGGGAGAAAUGCUGUUUAUGUAUUUUGGCUCAGGGUGUGUUUGAUGGUGGGUGUUUGAUUUUACUCAUUCGGGUUUACAUCCUGUCAUUUUCAUUCAUUUUAAUGAGGCGCCAUAGUAGAAAAUCAGUGCACUCCUGUCCCGGUGUGUGUCUUUGUAACAUGAAUGUUGUAUUUUCUGCUGUUCACCCUGCAAUGACGGCAUCAAAAGAUUAGAUAGCUGGUGCCGUGAUAUCUUCCCUUCUAAAAUCCCAUCUGUGGUGCUCUGUUGUGUAAUGUUUUGGCAGCUGAUGAGUCUUUAAAUGCAUAAAAAUCUGUUGCCCCAACUGGACUUCUUGGAUCUUUUGAUGACACAAACCCACCAUUGCAGACCUCUUUACUCUUUUAACACUGUUUUUUUAAUAGGCAGGGAUGUAUUAGUAUCAUCUAUAUGAGGAUAAUGUGAGAAAUAGUGUUGAGAUAUCAUCAUAGACCUGUGGUGGGAUGAAAUGAAGGCAAACGGAGUAAGUUUGUGUUUGCUGGCUAAGAGCGAAAAAGAAAAAAAAAGGCAUCAUGAGAUUUAAAAAUCACUGCAUGCCUGUUUUAUUACAUUUCCACCUGUUUUAUGAGGUCAACAACUUGUUUAUUGCCAAAGCAGAAAUGCCCUACUCUGAGCACUGCCCCUGAAUGCAUCAUCUGUUGAUGCAGAAAAAGGCCCGAAGCUGCUGCUGUUGCCUCGCUAACAGCUGCUAACGCCGGCUGCCUUUUAUAGAUGAUGUGUUUCCUUAACCGCACAACGACCAAAUAUAGUUAAACGACUGGAAAACUUCACUCUAAACACAUGCACAUUCAUGUAUUGUUGAUUUCUCGUCCUCUGAGCAUGUUGUACCACCUCUAAAAUGGUCAUAAUAAUACCAUUAUGAAGAGUUUCUUGAUUAAAUUGUUGUUAGUUGACGCUUUUCCCUCCAGAUUAGGUUAGAAAAAUAAAUGAUAUACUGUCAUUUGAUAGCAGCACUCCUUGCUUUUACUCUUGUCUUUGUUUGCUCGUCUUUAAAUAUGCACUUGUUCCAGGCUUUUGAAAACUGUGCUUGUUUUGUUCAGAUGGUCUUGGAUGUUUUUAUAUUGAUGUUUAAUGUGGGUCAGUUCCAUUUAGCUGACAACAGACCCCUUUAAUAAGGUCAGGGUGAGCUCGGAUAUUAAAUCAGUGUAUCAAAUCGAUGCAUCACUGCAUGCAGCAGCGAACCAUCAGUCAGCCUUUUAGGGAUAUUGUCAUAUUUAUUCUUCGCUGUUUCUCGGAAACUCGGAUUAGAAUUUGGCACCGGUGUUGAAUAUUUAACGUCCCUCUCUUGAGCCCAAUCCAAACUUUCUGUCGUGUCUGUUUUUAAAGUGAUAAAUUAGAUGUUUACUGCGUGAAUGCUGCUUCUGUUCUUCCAGUGUGUACGUGUGUCGUCCACAAGCGCUGCCAUGAGCUCAUCAUCACCAAGUGUGCCGGGAUGAAGAAGCAGGAGGACACACCAGAGGAGGUGAAGUAGCACCCCAAACAACCUUGUAAUCCAAGUCAGAACCGGCCCAAGCCUCAAUCAAUUAGAUUUUGGGGCCUUUUAUUUCUGCCAAUUAUUGAUUGUAGACGUGCUACAGUAUAAAUUUAAUGCACCUGACAUGUCUUUACACAUUUAAGGGGGUGGCCUAGGUAAAAAGAUAAAUAAUACCAAUGCAACCAUACAAAUAUUACCAAUGAAUGACUGAUCAAUGAUGUACAGGGUGCCAAAUAUGGUUUUUAAUCUCAAAAUGUACCACAUUCAGCUACAAGAGCGGCCUGGGAUUGAUUUUCACAACAUUCCAAAUGAUAAAACAUUGUGUUUACUAUAAAAGUGUCAUAGGCAGUAAGAAUCAUAGCCCUAUAUCUGAAGCAGCACUAAAAUGUUUUUACUUUAUUUCAUUUUUACAAUAACACAUAUUUGAUCGUACAGAAAGCAUCACUCAUACAUGCAAAAAAUAAAAAAUAUUUUAAAAAAUUUUCGUGAUUGCUCUUGGGGGCCCCCUACUGGCCACGGGGGCCCUAAGCAGGCGCUUGGUUCGCUAAUGCCUUAGUCUGGCUCUGAUCCAAGUCCAGUAAAAGUUUUAAUCCGGACACAUUAUUUAGACCAUUUUUUAAGCUUAUGUCACAUUUUGGUGGAGAAAGAGUGACAAAAAAUCAAAACUUAGUUUGACACGAAUAAACUGUCACUCCAUCUUGGCAAAACUAAAUGUAUUAUAUUUGGAAAAAAGCAAAUAAUUCAAUGUAGAAAUCUAACCACAGACAAUAAGGAAAUCGAGGUAGUAACUGAGAACAAAUUCUUUGAGGUCAUAAUAGAUAAGAAACUGAUGUAUGGUAUAAGGGAUUGGUCUUCAUGAGCAUUGCUUCUGCCUAAACCCUUUCGGUCAUGUUGUACCAAAAUAAAUUAAAUAGUGAUAAUUGAUGAUUAAUUUAUUAGCAGAUGUGUACCCAGCUCUGAUGGUAUGUAACACUAAUGAGUGAGAUGAGAUGCUGGGCUCAUUUCACACUGCAAACAGCAACUUCAUGCACUGAUUUAAAUUUUUUUACCUCUUAAAUCACUCCUAAAAAUUUACUCCUUAAUAUUUCACUCCUAAAAUACGACUCAAAUACACAGACAGGAUGUUGUCAUCAUUAAUGAUUGUUUAAAUGGACUGAGGCAGCAUUCAGGGGCUUUAGGUAAUGUGUACACCGUGUACCAACACUCCAGCCACAUGCAUUAUUCCUCUGAUAAUGCCACAGUGACCUUUGUGUAACUCAGGCGUGUGCCGGUGUGUGUCCGUGUCGGUGUGUGUGUGUGUGUGUCUCCCUCUGCAGGUGGGUUCACAGCGGUUCAGUGUUAACAUGCCCCAUAAGUUCAGUAUUCACAACUACAAGGUCCCCACCUUCUGCGACCACUGCGGCUCCCUACUGUGGGGCCUCAUGAGGCAGGGCCUGCAGUGCAAAGGUGAGUUCACGGGCAGUGGGAAAUCACAGUGUGUGAGCGCGCAUAUAUGGAUUUAGAGUCCUUUAUGUUUUUGACUCUUUUGUUUUGUAGCCUAAACAAGUUGUUCUGGAAUCUAAAAUCAAAAGUGUGUAAAUAAACACUGUUUUAAAAAGUGUCUUUAGCUUUGAUGAAAGCGCUCUCAGGUGCAGUGAGUGACAUUUUUAAAACAGUCGCGGUAAAUGCCAACACUCCACGAGACGAAUCAGAAGAGAGAUUUUCUGAAAUGUUAGGCCAUGAGUCAAAGACGAGGAUUUUCCAGAGAUGCAAGAAGUCCUCGCUCAUAUUUUUUUCUUCAAGUUCGAUCAUUUCUGAUGAAUAUUUUUCCUUAUGCCUCUUAUAUUCUCUCUGUAUUUUCUGCUGUUUAACCCAUUAAGACCUGAACCCUGUCUGAGACACGCCUCUGAAAUCCUGAAGGGCAGUUUUGAGAAGGGCCCCCAGAUCCUGAGGUUUUCUGAAGAGUCGAGGUUUACAAAAAAGCUGAUAUCUCGGCCUCUGUAGCAGAUAGAAACAAAAUUCAAAAAGUAUUUGAGAGCUUACACAUGUGCCUUUCAAGAUUAUUAUUUUUUUAUUUGUCCAAACCUUCAUCACAUUAUUGAAAACCUUGAAGAAAUAAACUCAAAUGAAAUAAAGCAGCUGUAUAAAUAAGAGUAAAGUGUUGAAAGGGUAUGCAGCUACUCUAGUACAGCGCCAGUGCAAAAGCAGCACUAAGAACUAAUAAAUAAAUAAAUAAAUAAGUGGCUGACAGUGUGUUCAUGUCUGUGCUCACCCAAAGUCAUGCAACACUCACAGAAAACGCAGAUAGUGUGAGACAAAACACUCAAUAUUAAGAAGUUGUUCACACUGCUGGAUGCUGCUCCUCUGAAGCUGCUCUCUGCCUUCGUCAUUGUUUACUUUCCUCACGAAGCACGUAGCAAGAUCCGAGCAUGAAUCCGAUCGCUUUAUUAAGUUUUAUAAGACUAUCAGAGGCAGACGGUAUGAUGAUUUGAUUCGCCACGACUCCAGAAAUGAUUAAAAAACUACAGACCUGGCUUUCCGAGUAUAAAUGCACAGCCGCGCCCCCGCCUUGGAAGAUUGAAAUGUGUCCUUGCUGUCCCAGUUUAAAUGCUCUUGGAUUAUUGAUCAACUGCAUUUGCCUUCAGCACGUUAUUACCGUUGUUUCAGAAAAUCAUCUAAAUGAUGUCUUAAAACAUCAUCUUAGACAUGAUGAAAUUCAGUUUCUCUGAGACACCCUGCUUGUAUCUAACCUGAACCACCUCCUCUUUUUUCUCUCAUUGCGUCACAGUGUGUAAGAUGAAUGUGCACAGGCGAUGUGAGACCAAUGUAGCUCCAAACUGCGGUGUGGACGCCCGAGGUAUCGCCAAGGUCCUGUCAGACCUGGGAGUCACGCCCGACAAGAUCUCAAACACCGCACAGCGCAGGAGGAAGGUAAUGAGUCAUUCUUAAUGUGUCUUAACAGCACGCUGAUACUUUACAUUAAGCACAUUUUGAAAAGCUUUUAGAGGCCUUACCUCUGGAUCUCAAACCCAUCAGGAGGAAAGUUUCAGUUUCACCCAUCACUUAAUUUAAAAACGGGAAUAACAAGGUCGCGCUUUCCACCGAAGUUCAUCCCUCUGUGUUAUUGCUGAAGUUAAAAACUUAAAAAGGUCAGCUUCAAAAGAACGGUCAUGUUGUCUCUCUCUCUCUCCAGUUGACUCCGGGGCAGGACGUUCCUCAGUCUCCUCCUGAGCUCGCUCAGACCGAGGAGAACAGCUUCAGCCAGCCAGCUGUCCCCACCUCCCCCUCACAGCAGGGUAACACGCCGAACACAACACGCACCCGAGCACACACAGCAUCAGAAACGCCGAUUUGACACAAACAGACGCACUUUUCAGAUCCCAGUCAGAUGCAUUCUUAGCAGCAUGCGGUUUUAAUGUGUUAAUUUUACCAGUAAGAGGUCGCAUUUCCAUUUCAGGAAUAAUAUUGUUGCUGCUUUUAAAAACUAACUUGUUAAACGUGUUAUUGUCUUUGUAAAUAUGAAGCUAAACUCGACUUGUCCCCCCUCCGCCCACCACCAUUUGGUCGUCACAGUUAGUCAUCGUCCUCUCACACUUUACAAGCUGAGAAAUAAAAGUUAACUUUCUCAGUGCGGAGGAAAAAAAAAAUCCUAUUUGUCUUUAUCGAGGAAAACAAAGAUGACAAAAACGGCGGUCACUGCUGCUUUUUAAUCACCCUGAUGGCAGAUCCUGUCACUGAGUCAUCACGGUGCUCGUCAUUUUUGAAAGUUUAUGUAAAAGUAAUCAGCGGCGAAAAAAAAGAGCAACAUUUCUAAAAUCAUCUUUUUUUUUUCCACACAACAAGCUGCAACGCUAAAAAGAACAGUCAGUCAGCUUUUACUAAAAGUCUGAUCUGCUUUUCCGAUGACGCCCACAGACUUGGCAGAGUUAGACCGCCUGCAGCACGCGCUGUCACUCGACCAGCAGGGACCACAGCACUCCUCCUCUUCCUCCUCUUCUUCCUCCUCCACCACCUCCUCUUCCUCCUCGUCUUCCUCCACAGCAGGCAGGGAGAACGGGCAGAUCCAGAGGAGGAGCCUCAAAGACUUCAACUUCAUCAAGGUUCUCGGGAAAGGCAGCUUCGGAAAGGUGCGGCGACACAAAGGAGGCGUUUGAGGAGGAUGUUUGUUUGUUCGCUGCUCAUUACAGUCCUGAUGGAAACACCCCGGCUACAGGGGCUCUCAUUAUUUAUAACCAUCAAUUACAACCCAAUCAAAUAAGGGUGUGGAUGCUGCGUAAAGCUUUGAUAAAACUGAAUGUAAACCUUUAUUUAACUGAAAAUAGAGUGCACUCUGUAGACUUUGAGAAAGUUUCUAGAGUUUUGAAAUUGUUCCCACUUCUUUCCUUUUUCGUCUUCUCUCCGAUCUCUCUCUUCCUCCGUCUUUCCUCACCUCUCCAGGUGAUGCUGGCGGAGCUGAAGGGCACGGAGGAUGUUUAUGCCGUCAAAGUUUUGAAGAAGGACGUGAUCCUGCAGGACGACGACGUGGACUGCACCAUGACCGAGAAACGCAUCCUGGCCCUCGCCCGCCGACACCCCUACCUCACCCAGCUCUACUGCUGCUUCCAGACACGUGUACGCCUGCCUGACAGCACACACACACAUUGGUUUAAUAAAACAUCUCUGUUUCUCGCCGUCUCUCACCUCUGUCUCUCUCUCGCUCUCAUCCUGCAGGAUCGUUUGUUUUUUGUAAUGGAGUAUGUGAACGGAGGAGACCUGAUGUUUCAGAUUCAGCGAUCCAGGAAGUUCGACGAGCCUCGCUCUCGUUUUUACGCUGCUGAGGUCACUUCGGCCCUUAUGUUCCUGCACCGUAACGGCGUCAUUUACAGGUUCCCUUUUUUUGUUUUGUUUUUUUUAAUCAUAACCAACUCCGACAACUUUUUAAUUUUCUAUCAGGUAGAAAAUUUGAGAGAAUUUGAUGAAUUAUUAAACGUAUUCAGAAGCUCCUGGGGAAUUUACCAAAUGGCCAUCCUACUGUGAACAUACCAGAAGGUGUAUGACAACGUGUUUCACACUUACUAGCUUUAUGCUGAGAUUAUCAAGUUUUUUUUUUACGUUGCAUGCGAACUUCUCCCAGUGAGACCAACUGGUGUGGAAACCAGAUGGUGCCGAUCUGAUCGUACCUCUCCCUCCGUCUUUGUCUUUGUCUCUCAGGGAUCUGAAGCUAGAUAACAUCCUGUUGGACGCAGAGGGACACUGUAAGCUGGCCGACUUUGGCAUGUGCAAAGAGGGCAUCAUGAACGGGGUGACCACCACCACCUUCUGCGGCACGCCGGACUACAUCGCCCCCGAGGUGAGGUCAACAACUACAUUUUCAGUACUUUACUCUGAGAGGCUUGAAGGUCUUAGAUUUCUGAGUUAAUAUCACGUUGUUGGAUUCAGAUCUUGCAGGAGCUGGAGUAUGGAGCCUCUGUAGACUGGUGGGCCCUCGGAGUGCUGAUGUAUGAGAUGAUGGCGGGGCAGCCUCCGUUUGAAGCCGAUAAUGAAGAUGACUUGUUCGAGUCGAUUCUCCACGAUGAUGUCCUUUACCCUGUGUGGCUCAGCAAAGAGGCCGUGUCUAUCCUCAGAGCGGUGAGUGUCGUCUUCCUAAACCUUCGGAACUGUUUGAGGAGAAAAGGUGACGCAGUACGAUACAACGCCUUAUUGUGAAAUGGGGCAAGGUAUGAUAUAGGGCUGGGCGAUAUGGGAAAAAGUUUAUCAUGAUGUAUUUUUUUCAUAUCAGUCGAUAUCGACAUAUUUUAUGUGUUAUAAAAACAUCACCUGUCAAUCUUAAAUGUUCCCUGUUAGUCUUAAAUGAAAUUUAACAUGUAGUCGACAUAAUUUGCAGUGCACAUCACUUAUUAAACACUCUGUUCUCACAAACUCUCCAUGGUAACGGCUGAUAGCACACGUAAAACCCUCGUUUAGAUAGGGCCACCUUUGCACCCGUUAUCAAUUGCGCACGCAAUGAUAGAUCACCCGCAACACGCCCACUAGUCUGAUCUUAGUAGAUCAGGCCCUUUUUCUUUUUGUCGGCUUCACGUGUUGAAGUGUUAUGGUUGCGUGUAGCUGCAGCCUGCUACUUGGUUCUAAUUCAGCACAUGAUUGGUUUAGCGCGGCGCAGACUCGGUGCAACUCCCCUUUUCAUUGGCAAUUCGUAUAGUCUUAACAAAACAUGACUAUCGAAAAGCAUAUUGACCAUGUUUCAUAUCGAUACCGAGGGAUAUAAACCUUCGAUUUAUAUCUUUAUCGUUUUAUCGCCCAGCCCUAGUGUGGUAGUACAACAUAAUGUAAUGCAAUAUUAUCUGAUAUGAUUUGAGAUGUAAUUAUGAUAAUUCAACAUACAAUCCAAUAUAUGACACAAUAUGGUGGGAUUUGAUCUGCUAAGACAUGAGACAGUACAAUACACCACAAAACGAUACUAUAAGAUACCAUAGGAUGCGAUACGACUGAUAGCGAUGCUCUGAUUUUUGAGAAAUGUUGGAUAUUUUCAUGAAUAAUCUCCUCUGGAUGUGUUUCCAGGAUUGUCGGCAGUCGUGUAAAAAUCUAAAAGAACAAAAAAAGACAUUCUCACAUCACGGAGGAAAAUAUAAAAAUGUUUUUGGCCUUAAAAAAAUUGGAACUAUAAGUCAGGACUGUAGUUUAAAAUCGUCCUCAUCCGUAAGUGUUUUUAAUUCUAGGGAAACCUUUAAGGCGGGAAAACAUUAUGCGUUGAAAACAUCACACUAAUUUAUUAAUUGAUUAAUUUAUUUGUUGCAUGAGGUAAUAAAUAAGAGGCUCAAACUGGAGCCAGGUUAUAUUUAACUAAUUUUCUACAAUAUGAAAGGCGAAUCUUUGAUGCUAGGGUUUUUUUUCUUUUCUUUUUUUCUUUUUUGAUCCAGUGUUACCAGAUUGUUGCUUUUAUUUCUCCGCUUUAAAUCAGUCUGCUGCUAUUAAAAGAAGACGAUAUCAAAAAUGUCAUUUAGAAAAGUUCAAUCUGGAGAUAUGUGGCGUUUUUCCGUUCUGGUGGUCACUAGUUUCUCUCUAUCAUUCAUGUUUCUAACUUCAGAGCUGCACACGAACAGCUCAAGUGCUCUUAUCACACAGGUGUUAUGAUUGAUUUUGCCGUGAUGCUGAGAGGAGUGAAAAAAAAGUCUGUCAGAGAGGUCAAAAUAAUGACAUGAUCAUAAAACCACAAAGUGCUCUUCUUACACUGAACAGACAACAGAGCUAAAGAGGCGCAGCUUUCAGUCACAGAAAAUAAAACCACCUGCUCUCUGCUGACCUGCUUCAUCGCUUCAACACUCUGCCUCUUUGUUUGCGCCGUCCACACCGCCAUUAAUGCCUCUGAGCUAUUAUUAGCACCCAAAUGCUCUCGUUCUGCUUCUGUUCUCUUCGUUUUUAUGGAUCAAACCACUGCUAAGUGUCUCAAAGGGGUCUCAGUGUUUGAAACUCAAUACCCGGUUGUGUGGUUUUUUUUUUUCUGCAUGCAGUUUAUGACGAAGAACCCGGCGAAGCGUCUGGGCUGUGUGGUGAGCCAGGGCUGCGAGGAGGCCAUCAAGACCCACGCCUUCUUCAGAGAGAUCGACUGGGUGCUGCUGGAGCAGAGGAAGGUUAAGCCACCUUUCAAACCCAGGAUUGUAAGUCACACAGUAGUGCACAUGAAACACACGCACACACACAUUGGUGCACACAUAGUUUUGAGGUUAAGUCGGCUGCAGGUGCAGAAAGUGGAAAGUGUUUGGCAGUAAUGCGAAGAAUAAUAUUUGAUUGAAAAACUUUCUUUUUUAUUGUGCUUUGCAAUAUAUUAGUUAUGACAGAGCAUUAAGGCCACAUUAAAAAAAAAAUUUCAAGACUUCGUAACUACUAACAAGAAAAAAGUCAGAAUAAAAUCAUUGCUUACGAAUAUAAAGUGGUAAUAAAGAAAUUUCUUACGAGAAUAAAAUUGUAAAAGAAUCAUUACUUAGGAGAAUAAAGUCGUAAUAAAGUAAUUUCUUACGAGGAUAAAGUCGUAAUAAAAUUAUUACUUACAUGAAUUAAGUUGUAAAAAAAUUAUUACUUACAAGAAUAAAGUCGUAAUAAAGUAAUUUGUUACAAGAAAAAAGUCUUAAUAAAGUAAUUUCGUACGAGAAUAUAAUCGUAAUAAAAUUAUUACUUAUGUAAAUAAAGAUGUAAUAAAGUAAAUUCUUACGAGAAUAAAGUCGUAAUAAAAUCAUUACUUACGAGGAAAAAGUCGUAAUAAAGUAAUUUCUUACGAGACCUUUCCAUUCAUAAAACUAAUUCUUAAGUUAAGUCGGCUGGUAAAUAAGCAAACAAGGGAAAUCAGAACUGGAGGUGCAGCAAGUGGAAACUGUUUGGUAGCAAAGCGAAGAAUAACAUUUGAUUAAAAAAAUUGUAAUAAAAUCAUUACUUUCAAGAAUAAAGUCGUAGUUAAUAGCUAUCAUAACCUUUUAGUUGUUUAAAUGAGCGCUGUGGAGCAUUUAGAUGAGUUGGACUUGAGUAGCUAGGUUUCACAAACAAGGAGAUCCUAAAUCCUUUGGCGUUUCAGCAUCACAUUGUCAAAAGUAUCAGGACAUAUGCAAGAAAUGCAUCUUUUCCGCAGAAAGAACCAGGCGAGAGUGGGGCCUACAGGGAAUAAAUCAAAAAUAAAUGAUAGAAAGAAGAAGAAAAAAAGAAGUAGAAAACUAUAGAGUCUAAAAUGAAGACAGUGAUGGGAACCGAUUAGCCGUGGUUCGAUCUGUGUGCAUGGCAUCUGUUUUAUGUACACUAUGAAACGAUGUCUCAUGUGUUUGUUCUCGUCAAACAAACAAAUGAAUAAAAAUGAUUUGAAAAGUUAGGAUUGGUAUUUUAAUGUCACUGUUCGUCACUUUCUAACCUCAGAAGCUUUCGCUACAAACUCCUCAUCCUCAAGCACUGAAAAGGCAGCGAGUCUCACUGGUCAGAAGGUGGCGCUCGAAUGUCACUUUCAAAGCUUUACAUUGGUGUGAAAUUUCUGCUUCUGCCUCUCACUUCCUUUGUGUGUGCGUGUGUGUGUCUCUGCAGAAAACCAAGCGAGACGUGAAUAACUUCGACCAGGACUUCACCAAAGAGGACCCUGUGUUGACGCCCACAGACGAGGCCAUCAUCCGACAGAUCAACCAGGAGGAGUUCAAAGACUUCUCCUACUGCGCCCCUGAGGAGACGCAGACCUAA